AAAGCAGCGGUCUCAAGCACCCCUGUAAAGCCCCAAGUCACAUUACCUGGAUACAGCACGCGCAGAAGGCACGCGGCGCGCACAACCACAGCAGCCCAAAAGCACCGCAAAAAAAAAGAAACAAUGAUGGACUCCCAGGCCCACGUCGGCCCCACCGAAAGUACAGAAGGCCAGGUGCUGACCAUCACGGUGAGCGACCCCAAAAAGGAGUCCGAGGGCAUGAACUCCUACGUGAGCUACAAGGUCAACACCGCGACGAACCGCGAGGAGUUCUCGUACGGCCAGUUCGGCGUCAUCCGGCGCUACUCGGACUUCGCGUGGCUGAGCGACCGCCUCGCGCGCGACGUGCCGGGCGCGAUCGUGCCGCCGCUGCCGGACAAGGCCGUCGUCGGGCGGUUUGGGGCGGACUUCGUGGAAAGCAGAAGACGCCAGCUCGAGCGCUUCCUCCAGCAGACCGCGGAGCAUGAAGAGUUAUCAAAGUCGCACUACUUCCAGACGUUUCUCCAGGCCGACGACGCGGGUUUGUUGAAUGCCAAGGCCGAGGCCAAGGUACAAGAAAAACUCAAUGAGCCGCGGCGGAAUAACACCCAGGUGCCCGGCGACGGCACGCUCGCGACGCGCGUCGGCGCCUGGCUCGAGGGCAGCGUCGCCUCGUUGAGCGCGUCGAUGCAGGCGUCGCAGACGGCCCACGUGCCCCAGACGUCCGAGGACGAAAUUCUGGAGAGCGAGCUCGCGCACGUCGCGAACCUCGAGGCCCAGACCCAGAACGUGUCCAAGCACGCGCAGACGCUCGCGAAGCGCAAUAGAGAUGUGGCGAACGGCCUCUUCGAGUUCGGCCUCGCGUUCACGCUGCUCGGCCAGACGGAGCACGCGCCCUUAAAUGAUGCGCUCACGAAGCUCGGGUCCUGCGCGGACCAGCUGUCUUUAUUAGCGACGGAGCACGUCGCGCGCGAGGACGCGGCCUUCCGCGACCCCGUCGACGACCAGAUCCGCCACCUCGCGUCCGUCAAGGCGGCCCUGGGCCAGCGCCAGAAGCACAAGCACGCCGUCGCCCUCGCCGAGGCGGACCUGUCCCAGCGCAAGCAGGCCGCGGCGAAGCUCGCGGGCCGGCCCGGCGCCGAGGGCCGCGCCGUCGCCGCCGAGGGCGCCAUCCAGCGCGCGCGCGAGGACGUCGACAAGGCCCGCCGGGCCCUCGAGGUCGUCACGGCGCGCGUGACGCGCGAGCUGCAGCGCUUCAAGGCGCUCCGGGCGGCGGAGCUGCGCCGCGCGAUCGCGAGCUACGUCGCGUUGCAAGCCGAGCACUCCGCGGCGCUCCGGGACCAGUGGGCCGAGCUGCUGCCCGACCUCGACGCGGGGGCGCCGCCCCUGCCGCCGCCGCCCGCGGAGGAGGCCGUCGGCGUCUGAUCUACUUCUAUGU